UGGACCCUCAGAGGGGGCAGGGUGACUCUCAGUAUGUCAACCCCUUUUCGGUCUCUCUCUCUCUCUCUCUCUCUUUCUCUUUCCGUUUUACUGUCUAGCAGUUAACUAGCUGGAACUGAUCAGAAACUUUGACUCUUGAACACAAGCUGAAUCCUUCAAGAAGAACUUUGAAAUUAACAAGAACAAUAAAACAUUCAAAGAGCUGUUUUCUGGCGUUCCUUCCAGUUUCUCCUGUGGGGAAGGUUUUAGUGUAUUUUUAGACCUGCUGUGAUCCAGCUUAACUACAAUCGCUGUACGCUUUCUGCCGCCGGAUUUGAGCGUUUUCCCUCAAUCGUCUUUUUCUCACAACCAACCGGGGCCAAAGAGGAUUUAACGAAGGAGUUACAUGUGCGUUUCUAUGGUAACGGUGCAUUUCCAAAGUCUUUGAAGGAGUGAAGGUUAUCACUAAACAUCCAGCAAACUCAAAGCCCAAGCUUUCCUCACCAAUGAGCAGUCAAGCCAACGGCAAGGAGGCGGUCCCUCCAGCUCAGACCAAUCAGAAGACAUUUUUGGAUGAUGUCAUUUUGACUUUCAGUUCUCCGAUGGCCUGGCUUCUGGUUGUGGCUCUGGUCAUCACGUGGUCGGGAGUCGCCAUUGUUCUUUUUGAUUUGCUCGACUAUAAAACUGUGACAGAGUACACAUCAUACUGUGACGACCCCGUGUGUUUAUCUUCUGCUGUACUCUACACUUCCCAUCACGAUGUCUCUGAAAACGUCGUGUGUCUCUCCUCCCCAGGUCUCCCUCCGCCGUCUGCCAUCGCUAAGAGAGGCUUGAAGGCCAGAGGUGGUUUUCGUCCAAUAAAAUCAAGCCCUGCUGGAGUCCCAGUUGAUGUCACAGCUCAGGAGAGCACCGAUUGGUUGGAGAUGAUGUGGACUUUUGCAGCCAGUUUGGUGGCUCCUGAUGAGGAGGAGGAAGGUAUUCACCAGCUAACUGAAACCAUCACAUCUUUCCACUCUGAGGAGCUCUGAACAAGAGGAGCGUAGAGGGAGGACAAGAAUUGACGGAUACUAUAUGAAGAGCUGGAGAAAGAAAGAAAGAGCCAAAAGAGACGAGUGUCUGACUGAAGUGGAAGAGAGGACGUAAAGAGCCGGAGGAGGAAGAGAAUGAACAGUUUGUCACAGUUAUGUUUCUUUAUGUCUGUCUUUGUUAACCGGAAUGUGAUAAAUAGAAAUUUAAAAACUUAGCUUUAGUUUCUACCUGAGUGUAACACCAUUUUGGUCUUUAACUAUAUCUGUUUUCUGCACAUUGUUUUGUGACUGCUUUU